AUGGCUUCAAACGAACUCCCCAAUGUCAAACUCUUCUGGCUUGAAAAGUCGCGAUCUCAGCGCAUUCUCUGGCUACUCCAGGAACUUCAGCUCCCCUAUGAGCUGGAGAUCUUUCACCGCGACAAGGAGUCGAUGAUGGCGCCUCCAGAGCUGCAAAAGAUUCAUCCUCUGGGCAAGUCGCCAGUGAUUCAGAUCAAGCCUGCGGGUGCCAAGGCAGACGCAGAGCCCGUCACUUUGGCUGAGAGCGGCUUCAUCACACAGUAUCUUACGGAGAAUGUGCCUGAGGGUAAGAAGCUGAUGCCUGAGCGAUGGAAGGAGGGCAUGGAGGGCAAGCUUGGAGGCGAGACCGAGGCGUGGAUGAGAUACCAAUACUAUCUGCAUUACUGCGAGGGUACUCUCAUGCCUCCUCUAGUCAUGGGACUUGUUGUUGGCGCUCUCAAGUCGCCAAGGGUUCCCUUCUUCAUCCGGCCCAUCUCGACGCUACUCGCCAACCGCGUCUUCUCCACGUUCAUCUUCCCCAACCUGAAGGUCAACCUCAAGAUGAUUGAGGGCCACCUGGCCACCUCAGGCGGUUCUUACAUCUGUGGCCCCAAGCUAACGUCGGCGGAUAUCCUUGUGAGCUUCCCAUUGAUUGCAGCUGAGCCAGCCCUGGACAACUUUGGUACCUUUGAGGGCGGCUCGUGGAAGGAGGAGUUCCCCAAGGUUGCGGCGUAUGUCGAGAUGAUUCAGAAUGAGCCGGGCUACAAGAAGAGUGUUGAGAAGAUCAUCGAGAUUGAUGGCAAGUUCAAGGCUUCUUUGUAA